CAUGUGUACUUGUUUUACCUUUUAUAAGGAUUUCAGUGACCAUAUUUCACUAGUUGUAUGUUCCGAACGUUCAAUUCUUGUAUAAGUUUGACGAGGGUCCGAGCAUUGUCUGGAUUCAUACCAUAGGAAGAAGCCUCGCUGUACUUAAUAGCCAGGGGCACGCGCCGGUGCGCGGGCCCCGGCAGACGCCCCGUAAGGAUUUUGGUUGCGCAAGACCUUAUCUAGUACAGCUUUGGCGAAAUGUCUGAAACCGCAUCACAACGAAGCGGUAAUGAUGCAUCUGAGACUUCGUCGCAAGCGGCAGACCGUGCAAUCCUCAAGAAGAGGAACCGUGGCCGCAACAAUGUCAACGGCGAGGAGGAUGACCUUCUGGAGCAGAAAAAGUCCCUACAAGAGGGCGUCUUUUCGGCCAUGUACAUGCUUUCCCGCAGCAAAUCAGCAGACAGCUGGAAGUUCGCGGUGGUUAAAAUCGUACUGGAGGGGUUGAUUCCCUUUCUGGUGGUGUUCACGCCCAUCAACCACUGGAACAUCAACAACUCCAACCCGCUGUGGCAGGCGCUGCGAUGGGUGCUGCCGCGCACCCCCGUGGCCUAUAUCUGGGGCUACACCGCCUACAUCCGGGUGUUCUACGCGCUGGUGGCGCUGGUGUACGUGGCGGUGGGCUGCAUCGCGCUGCUCACCUUCGCAAUGAGGAAGCAGGAGCACUCCAAGUGGCUGAAGCGGUUCGCUGGCUACCUGCAGACCUUCUCCGAGGUGGUGUUCAGCCUCUUCUACAUGUCCGUCUUCGACUACAUGAUGUUCCUGUUCAACUGCAAGUUCUCCGGCCACGGCUCGCACUACCACAACUACUUCACAACCGUGGAGUGCCUCAAGUCCCCCCACAUGGUGCACAUGGCGGUGGCGGGGGUGACGUCCAUCAUAUUCUUCUGCAGUACGGCACUCAUGCUGGUGGCGGGUUGCGACCUGAACCCCGUGGCUCGAGGCCUCAUGGCCUCCCCCACGGCGGUCACGCGAGUCAAGGUCCUCAUACUCAAGGCCGCCUACAUCAUCUUCAUGAACACGCUCGCCUCGCUGGGCAAGGUGCAGGCGGUGUCCAUGACGGCAGCAGCCAUGAUCAUCCUGUGGUUCAACUUCUCCAGGCUCCCCUUCCUGCGCUGGGACAUCAACCUGGCCUGGGUGGGCGGCUGGACGGGUGUGAGCUACACCUGCAUCAUCUUCUGCGUCUUCAAGUUCAGCAAGCGCAAGGAGCAGGAGGACUUCCAACACCGCAUGACAAAGUUGGUUUUGUACGGCAUCUUUGCCGCCGUGGCGUUCGGCGUGGCGGCCACUCAGCUGUGGAUGCGGUACCGCCGGCGGGUGAUGAAGAAGUUUGUGAACCUAGAUCCCGCUGCGAAGCUGAAGCGGGUACACAACUUCGGUUCGCCAGAGGAUGUGGAGGUGCUUUCCCGCUGCAUGCGCCGCUUCGACCGCGACGGCAUCACGUUGGAGGAGUUCGCGAUGCUGGGGGACACGGUGAUCAAGUGUGGCAUGGCCGUGUUCCCCAACAACGUCUUCCUGCUCAUCCUGUACGCCAACUACCUAAUGGAGGUCAAGAAGGACGGACCCGCGGCACGAACACACCUGCAGCUGGCACUCAAGGGGGGGCCCAGCCUGAUCCAGCGCUACCAGAUCUUUUACACCAUCGAAAACAGCAAGCGGCUGAAGGACGGCCAGGAGGGCGCGCUGGACCUGCAGAGCUACGUGGAGUUCAAGCGCAACUACCGCGCCGUCAUCCGCGUGCACAAGGCGGCGCUCACCGCGCAACGCGAGUUCUGGCAGCUGCUGCAGCGCUCGGCCGUGCGCAUGUCGGCGGUGGAGGAGGCGUUGAAGGCCAUGGAAGAGGCGGCGGACACGGCACAUCAGGUGUAUAAGAGGGUGCUGGAGCGCUACCCCAGCAACGGCAAGCUGCUGCGCUGCUACGGCAAGUUCCUGGAGGACGUGCGCAACGACUCGGCGGCUGCCUCCCGGGUGUACACGGAGGCGGCGCGGAACGGCGGGGGGGACGGACUGCUGUCCCUGGACCUGCAGAUCAAUGGCAGUGACAAGCCCGAGUUCCUGACCACCAUGGACCUGCAUGAGGAUGCAUGCAUCGUGAUCAAUGCCGAGGGAACCAUCCUCAUGGUUAACGCGUGCGUCACCAACCUACUGGGUUACCCCAAGACGGACCUGGAGGGGGCCAACGUGAGCGUCAUCAUGCCGCAGCCCUUCUCCGGGCGCCACACCGCCUACCUCACCCGAUACGUGCAGGGCGGCGAGGCACACAUCCUGGACACGGUUCGUGACGUGGUGGCGCUGCACAAGGAGCGCUACGUCUUCCCGCUGCAGCUGUGCGUCACCAAGCUGUCGGGCAUUGGCACUGACGCCAUCUUCCUGGGUGUUCUGCGCCCCAUGCCGCUGGACGCGCACUACCUGCGUGUGUGGCUGGCACCCAACGGCGUCAUCCUGUGCGCCGACCCGCAGUUCGCCAGUCUGACGGGCGUGCUCAGCGAGGACAUGGUUGGCCUGUCCUUCCAGACGCUGUGCACCGACAUGAGCGCGGUGGAGUCGCUGCUGGAGCUGUGCAAGGAGGCCAGCUACGAGACGCUGGUGGCGGGGGCGAUUGUGAAGGAGAUGCUCAUCGUGAACAAGCACCUGCAACCCAUCCCGGUUGAGAUCCGCGUCACGCCGGGCGGCACCGAUUCGCAGCGCAUCUUCGUCCUCAACGCGCACCGCAUCGACGGCAACACGGACGGCCUGAUGGUGGUGGAUUCCAAGGGCGCCAUCAACUUUGCAACCUGGGACGUGGCGGCGCUGCUGGGCUACCCGCUGCGCAAGUUCCUGAAGAUGAAGCUGGAGCAGGUGCUGCCGCCACCCUAUGCAACCAUGCAUGCCAAGUACUUGAAGGACCACCCGGUGCUCAUCCCGCCCACCAGCUGCCGCGCGGGGCGGCUGGUGGCGCUGGUGAACAGCAACAACGUGCAGGUGCCGGUGCGGCUGCAGGUGGCCACACAGGAGGACGCGGUCAGCGGGCGCACAAAACACAUCGUGCAGGUUCGCAAGGUGGACACCUCCUCCUCCCACACCUACGCCGACCGCCGGCUGGUGCUGCUCACCUCCAUGAACGGCACCAUCCUAUCCGCCGACCCCCCCGACUCCAUCCUCUUUGGCUUCACCGCCUCGUCUGCAAUCGGCUCCAACCUGUCGGACGUGAUUGACAUAUUCGAGGAGUGGCACGAGCGCGCGGGGCUGAACCAACUGGAACUGCUGCUCAUCAGCUUGCUGGACCGAGAACUGGAAACGCCGGGUACCAGCUGGCGUGUCAAGGUUCGAAGCCCGCACAGAGCAUCAGACGAGGCGGAGCAGCCGCAGCUGGUGCUGCCGAACAUUGACCCCAGGGCGCCGCCGCGGCAGCCGCCGGGCGGCUCCUCCUCUCAUGCGCAUGGGCGCAGCGCGUGCCUGCAGGCGGAGAUUGUGGAGAGUGCGGACGACACGGGCGGGCUGAUGCACCUGAGGGAGGCGGACACCAGCACCAGCAGCUUGGCGAGGAUCAUAUUGUGGCGCCGCGACCUGCUGGCGGGUGUGAUGGAGCUGGAUGAGAAGCUGGUGGUGCGCAAGGCGGACGUGGGCACGGGGCUGAUUGUGGGGCUGCCGCCCUCGGCACUGCUGCGCAUGCCGCUGCACAGGCUGCUUGACGUGCCCAAGGGCGCCCGCUGGGACGAGCUGAUGAAGGAGCGCAAGAAGCGCGGUGCGCUCAAGGGCAGCAGCGGCCUGGUGGUGUCCCCGCAGCAGGCCUUCACGGGGCCGCACCCGGACGGUGGGGUCAUGCGGGUGCACAUGCAGGGUGUCAGCGGGCCGGGCGCCAGCCGCAUCUACGUCACACUGCACCCCGACACCAGCUUCACGGGCGCCCGUGCCAACAUCUACCGAGCUCUGGGACUGGACGGGCUUAUGGGCGACACCUCAGUCACGCACCACCACCACCACCAUCACCACCACCACCACGAGCACGAACAUCAUGACUCCAGCGCGGGAGCACCAACCUCCGGAGCCGGAGCAGGGGCAGCGGCGUCGGAGGCGCAGGGCCAAGGCGACCAGCCUGCUGCCACCACUGCUGGUGCUACAACUCCUGCUGCUGCUGCUGCUGCUGCGGGUGCUGCCGCUCCUUCUCCAGAUCCUGCUGCCGCCACGAUUGCCCCCGAUGCGACUGCUGGCGCCGCACCCGCGCCUGCUGGUGCUGCCCCCUCAGCUCCGGCUGGGCAGGGAGAGGCAGCAGCAGCAGCGGGAGCAGCAGCAGCGGGUGCAGCAGCAGCAGCCGGAAGGGCUGCGGCGGCUGAGGGUGGUGGUUCCAUCGCGGGUGGCGGCUCGCUGCACCCCAGCCUCUCUCAACACCACCACCAUCACCACCACAACCACCAUGUGCACAUCGAGGAGGGAGCCAUUCAGGAUACCGCGGACGACCAGUCGUCGCUGCCCGAUCGCGACGGCGCCAGCGAGCGCGAGGGCAGCGUGUCGGAGUCGAGUGCCAGUGACAGCGAGGAGGAGGAGGAGGAUGAAGAGAAGGAGGAUGGAGAGGAUGGGGAGGAUGGGGAGGAUGGGGAGGCGGGUGCGGGCAAUGAAGCAGAUCCGACGCAUCUGUACAAGACCGUCCGCAACCAGUCCGACUUUGUGGUCCAAUGGGUUCGAACCCUCUCCAAGCAGCUGGCAGGUCUGGCCGACCCAGAUCGCGACAUCAUCCCACUGACCCGUGGGUCAUCCUCCCUGCGCCAGCUCUCCGGCCUCGGUAACCGCAGCCGCAGUGCUCUGCACAGCCCGCCUCCCCCCGAGCCCAGCGCCGCCGCUGCCGCCUCAGCCUCGCAGCACCACCCCCUGCAUGGCAGCUCCUUCAGGGGUGGGUCCCCGGGUCCAGCAGCUGGAGCUGGAGCUGCAGCGGCGGCCGGUGAGGAUGAUGAGGAGGCGGAGGAGGAUGCCAUGGGCGGCGGGGGGGCGGGGGAUGCGGAGCGCAGCCUACCCAGCUUGAGCGGCGCAGGUCUGCGGAAGGUACCCAGCGGCAUUGGCGGAGGAGGAGGCGGAGGAGGGUUUGCCGGCAUGGCGGGUGGUGGUGGUGGUGGUGGUGGAGGUGGCAGCGGGCGGUUCGGCCGUGUGAGCAGCAUGAGUCGCGGCGCCUGGGCGGGGCCGGGCACGGAGUCGCUGAACCUUCGCGGCAGCAGGCGGCGUCUGGACCUUGCAGCCCUGCAGGCCAUAAACGAGGCGGAGACGGGGGGCGGGGAGGGGGGUGGCGGUGGCGGGGAGGGUGGAGAGGAGGAGGAGGAGUUCCUGUACGGCCCUCAGAAGAGCGGACUCAGCGGCGUGCUGUCCAAGUCACACUCCGCAGGCUUUGUCGACAACGACGGUGCCAGCAGCCAGGGCGACGACGACGAGACCGCCAGCCAGGGGCUGGGGCAGACCUUCAAUGAUGGCUCCUCCGCGGUGGAUGUGGACCUGGCGAUGGAUGCACGGAGGGCGCGGCUACUCAAGAGACUGGUCAAGCUGCUGUCGGGCCCCCGGCUGAUGGUCCCGCUGGACCGCAUGCGGCGACACACCUGGGCGCUGCUGGCGGUGAUGCUGGUCGCACACGUUAUCGUCUAUGUGGUGUUCGUCAUCAUGGUGAACCGCCAGUUCACCAACGUCCGCGAGGUGCACCGCCUGGCCCUGGCCGCCGACCGGGCGCAGCUGGUGGUCGUCAAGACCGCCAUCGCGGAGUUCUGCUCGCGCCCCGGCAUGCUGCCCGUCAGCGUGUGCGAGCGGGGGCUGAACGGCACGCUGGCGGACCUGCGGGUGGCGCUGGAGGACUUGGAGGCCUACCACCAGAGCACCUACAUGGGGCCGGGCGGCGUGCCGCGGAGGGUGAAGGACGCGGAGGCGUACCGCAUGUGGACGGACACCAACAGCAUCGUGUACCCGGUGUAUUUCGACACGCUGCAGCCCCACUGGACCAACGACACGGACGGCGUGUUUCAGCUGGGCAACCGCUUCAUAGCCACGGGCCGGGAGCUGCUGUACUGGGCGGGCGUGCUGGCGGGACGCAUACAGGACCUGCGCACCUACAAGUUCGUUAUCACCAACGGUCCCUGGGCGGUGUUCCAGGGUUACUCCGGCACGCUGGACUACUUUGUGAGAUACGCGUGGCAGGAGGUGUCCAAGGUUCAGACGGCCCUGAUCAUCAUGCUGGUGGUGGAGGCGGCUGCCGUACAGCUCUGCUGCAUCGUCUACCAGUUCCAGCUGCUGCUGGGGGUGGAGGCGGUGCGCUGCGGCGGCAUGCUGGCGGGGCUGGGCAUCCCGGGGCCCAUGCUGCGGGUGCUGGCCAACAGGCCGGUAGUGAUUGUGGAGGACAGCGACGACGAGGAUGCAGAGGAGGAGGACGGCGGCGUGGAGGGUGGCGGCGGUGGCGGUGGCGGCGGGGGUGACGACGGGACGGGUCGAGAUCACCGCGGCGGCGGCGGCGGCGGUCGGCAGCGUCGCAAUUCCAAUGAGGCCAUUCCAGUUCACCCCGGAGGCGGAGGCGGUGGUGGUGGUGGCGCCGGCUUGCGGCAUUCCGACUCUGAUUUCUCUGACAUGGGGGAUCGCGAGGAGCGGCCUGAGAAGACGCCGGAGAGGAGGUUGUUUGGCGGCUUUGGCGGCGGCGGCGGUGGGUUGGGAAUGGGGGCAUUGAUUGGCGGCAAGCGAGCGGGCGGCGGGCUGCGGAAGGGGCGCAGCGGGCGCAUGCACGUGAAUGGCAAGGAGCUGCAGAAGAGCUACGGAAACACGUUAAAGUUCAUGAUCCCCUUCCUGCUGUGGGAGGCCGCCCUCAUCCUUGUCGGCGCCAUCAGCUUCACCAAGCUCAACGGCAUGCAGGGCCCGCUGGCCUCCCUCAACAUGGCCUCCCACGUCAUCUACCGCUACACCCGAGUGCGCAUGUCGGCGCUACUGCUGGUCAGCAGCGAGACCCCCGCGCAGAUGGCCUACUACCGGGGCUUGCUGGGCGCGGAGCUGGAGAACCUGGAGAGCGAGUACGACACGCUGAUGUACGGCGGAUACGCGGUCACGCAGAACGGCACCGUGUUCACACACCCGGUUCCCGCCUCCACCUUCCAGAGCUCCUCCUUCUCCUCCAACUUCUUCAAGGAGCAGCGCUGCUUCCGCUGGGACCAGAGCCAGUGCUACACGGAGGGCAACCCGUACUAUGAGGUGACCCACCACGGCCUGGACGUCAUGCUGCGCCGCAUCCUGAGUGAGAUGCGCCUGCUGGUGGCGGACGAGGACGUCGACUCCACGUACAACGGCACACGAUACCUAACCAUGUACUUCGUGGGCACCAAGGACCUGUACGAGGGUCUGCAGAGCUCCGCACAACUGUUCGUGGACUUCUCAAUCACCAGAUACAACAGCAUUAAGCUGCUGCACACCAUCCUGCUGGUCGCCACCAUCUUCCUCAUGCUGCUCUACAUCGUCACCCUGCUGCGACCCUACGCGGCGGCGGCGGAGAAGGAGGCGGGGCAGCUGGCGGGGCUGCUGAGUCACGUACCCGCGGAGAUGGACGUCGUGAGUCACGUACGACAGUUGCUGCGAUCGCUGAAUAAACUGGAUCAGGCG